AUGAGAAAACCAUUGAAAAAUUCUACACUAGCCAACAGAUUGACUCUGAAUACACCCAAGAAACACCAAAAUGCUCAGUACCCAAUUCAUCUGAAGGAUAUACUACCACUCUCUCUUUCCGAGAGUCGUUACAGAACAUCUGUCAUCACCGGCACCAGCACCGCCAGCACUUCUUCCAGCAUCAAAAAGAAACCCAGGAAGAAGGAAACACCUUCCAAGGUGAGUGCUGCAGAACAACUUCGUGCUAUUUUUACCAGUAGUCCUCAUAUACUUACUCCACGUACAAGCUUUAUCAUAGAAACUUCAACACCCCAAAAGUUUGGUUCUAGAAGUCACCUUGCUGUUUCAAGAAGUCGUAAAGAAAGACUCACCCCAUAUAUUCCACGAUCACGUAAUCGGAAUAAGCUGCGCAGUGGAAGAGUAACUAAGGAUCCAUACGUUCCUACAUUUGACGACUUUGAGACCUUGAAUAUACCAAUAGCUGAUCAAGAGGUUGUUAAAAAUAUUGAAAAUUCUAUAAACAGGUUAUCUUUGACGAAGUUGGAUGUUGAGAAUGAACCAAUUGAAAUAGGGUUACCAUCUGAGUACACAUUCGAGAACAACAAAGAAACUAUAGCUUCUGAAUCAAUGGAAAAUGGUGAGAGCUUCAAGAAAAUACUAAAAGUCAAAAUAAUCAAAGAGCUAGAAGAACCGAACAUGAAGAAUACAGCGCUUGAAACAAACAACCAACCAGCCACCCAGGGAACAAACAUCAAUUUAUACAUAGAGAGAUCAUAUGCCAAAUCAACAGGACCAGUGAUUCCUACACCGAAACUAAGGCAUUCCUCAGAAAAUCAUUACUUCCCUGAAAGCAAGGAAGCAAUUAUUCAGGAAGAAGUUAAAAAUAGUGAGUCUGUUUUAGCCGCAGAACAAACUUCAACGGUUGCAAAAAAUUCCAACUCGCAACCAAUUCCACCAUUGCAAAAGAUAGAUUCUUCUAAUGAUUUUACUAAUAGUUCUAAGGGGUACUCAAACAAAUCCGUCCUACAGGAAAGCAGCAUAAUUGAAGGCUCCCAGAUGAAUAACGAACCAUCUGCUGACAUGGAAGUAAAUGGUAUUCGGUCAUUGCAGUUUCCUGUCAACGAGGUAUCAGAACGAGUUGACAUGUCUACAGAGACAAUCCAAUAUGUUGGAACGACCGAGGCAGAUCCUAAAUCCGACAAUAGGAUGAGCUGUGGUCCAAUUACAUACGAAACUACACCUGAGCUUAUGACCGAAAGUGAUUACCUUCUCAUUCUUUCCGAAAAGAAUACUAGUUGUGUAGAAAGGUUCCAAGCUAUGACUUUUAAAGACAGAAUCUUGUUUUCAAAUACCCCGAAUCAAACAACAUCUAACCAAAGGAAGAAUGAGAGCCAUAAGUCCCUUUCUGACAGUUCUAUGAACCAAUUAUCAGGGAAGCCCCUACAAGAUAUUUCUACUCCUCCACUUGAUCAAGCGACUGAUUCUCAAAACGUGAUGUCGAGCCAAGAUAUGUUAGAAGACUCAGUUAUACUUGGAAAUGAUGAAGAAUGUACAAGAAUGAGGGAAGAAGAUAAGUCGAUUUAUCAGAAAGAGAGCUCAACUCUUCAUAAGAAUUAUAUAACAGUAAUAACUAACCAACCAAACCAAUCAAUACAAAUUCCAGUUACUCCGAUGCGAAAUCAUUCCAUGUACGAUGAUGUAGGUGUCUCCCACACAGAAAAUUCAGUAUCAGCUGAUAUUAACCUAAAAACAAUUGAUCCAAACAACGAACACAAUAAUAGUUCAUUCGGUGAGCAAGCUCACAAUGCUACUUUCCAAUCCAUUCUAUGGAGUGAAAAGAUUCCAUCGAGAAGAGUAAGUGAUAUUCAAAGAGAAUUAAGAUCGAGGCGGUCCAUCAAGAGACCAUUGUUUAGAAUGCAUGAGCCUUUGAAGAAGGUUCCAUGCUAA